GCGGCGUAUGUUACACCUCGUUUGCAUACAAGAUGUAAACAAAGAUUCAACGCAGAAAAAAAUAUAACGGUUGGGAAAGCAGGUGUACCAAAAUUAAAGGCUGAUCAUGAGGCAUCGACAACAACGGAAGAGGCCAAACGUCAAUAUGUUGAGCAGAGGGAAGAAGCUUCGCUGAGGAUUGCCCAGACAGCUAAGGUGAACAUUGAUAAAGCCCAUGAAAAGCAAAAGAAAAACUUCAAAGAAAGACAGCGAAAAGGGAGGCGUUAUGAGGACAUUUGUGUGGGAAAUAUGGUUCUGGUUCAUAAUGCAAGGAAGGCUGCUACAAAGAAGAAGGGAAAUCUAGAUCCGAACUACCAUGGUCCAUAUAAAGUAGUCAAUAUAGAUGGCAAGUGUGCCACUCUUCAGAACGAUUCAGGACAUACUCUAAAGAGGAAAACAAACAUAGACCACCUGAAACUGUUCAAAGAUCAGACCGCUCAUGAGACAGAUUUGUGUGCGCAGGACACCUGUGACAAUACUUCUGAAGAGGGUACAGUUUCUUGUAUGCAGGACACUGUUGGGAAAUACAUUGAAGAUGUCAGUUCAGAUGGCAGUCUGAAUGAACUUUUUAAGUUUAUAAGUGAACUGAACUUAUCAAAGAUAUCUCUGAACACUUUAGGUUUUCAAUAUCACCACUGUCCACAACAGAGUUUCUUGAAGGAGGUUAUCAGUGUAUCGGAGGCAGAGUUAGAGUGCUUUGGUACACUAUUGUUACCUCAUCUGAGACAUUUGGAUUUGGACUUGUCAGUGAAAACAUCAGUGGCUAUGCUUACAUCUGCAGUAUGUGUUAUGGCCAGUCAUCAGUUUCAGCCACUGAUGACCAUUGCACAAACACUCAAGGAGGUACCAAGCCAUCUUGAGGAUGUUGACAUUCACGAGAUCCCACAACUCUACCCAACACAAAGACUCACAGUUGGCGGCGAGACACUAGAGGCGGUGGACAUGGCAACUCUAGAGGAUGGGAAGUGGAUAAACGACAAGGUAAAAGCAGUUCUUAAUUAUUCAGCUUAAAAGCAUUGAAUUAAA